AUGUGUGACAGCGCCGUGCGGCUGAGGGAGAGAGCACAGCGGCUGGGACAGCAGAAAGAGCCAGGCCCCGGACUCAGCGCACAUCACAGGCCCCAGAUUUCCGAGCUCAGCCCUAGCACACACCCCGCGCCUAGCACCUGCCAGGGGGUCCUGCGGAGGAUUACAUGCUUUGCUAGCCGGGCUCCUUACCCUGGCACCCGGGGCUGGCAUGGCCUCCAACACCGACAGAGAGAUGAUCCUGGCCGACUUCCAGGCUUGCACGGGUAUCGAGAAUAUUGAUGAAGCUAUAACGUUGCUUGAACAGAACAACUGGGAUUUAGUAGCAGCAAUAAAUGGUGUAAUACCACAGGAAAAUGGCAUAUUACAGAGUGAGUUUGGUACAGAGACCAUACAAGCCCCUGUGUUCGGCCCUGCAGCCCAGCCUGUCACCACCGUAUCCACUGCCUCUUCCUCAUCGUUAACAUCAGCGUUCUGUCCUGUGGUUCCUACACGACAGGUGGUGGAGCGUCUCUCCCGCAUGCUCGACUUUAGAGUGGAGUAUAGAGAUAGAACUGCAGAUGUUGUGUUGGAAGACAGUUGCACUGUGGGAGACAUUAAACAGAUUCUAGAGAAUGAGCUUCAGGUUCCUGCGUCUAAAAUGUUGUUAAAAGGUUGGAAAUCUGGAGAUGUGGAGGAUACAACUGUUUUAAGAAGUCUUCACUUGCCAAAAAACAAUAACCUGUAUGUCCUCACCCCAGAGAUACCCCCUCCUUCUAUGUCCAUCCCAACUAGUGCCCUGCAGGAGUCAUUAAAUCAGAACUUCAUGCUGAGCAUCACACACCGCGAACUCCAGAGGGACUACAACCUGCGCUUCUCUGGGAGCUGCACUAUACAGGAGGUAAAAAGAAAUGUCUAUGACCUCACCAGCAUCCCGGUGCGCCAUCAGCUGUGGGAAGGUUGGCCUGCGUCUGUUAAAGAAGACUCUAUGACGCUGGCAUCUGCAGGACUCAAUUUUCCAUGCCAUCGGCUGACAGUGAUAAGAAGGACAUCCCCUGUCCAAACUCGAGAACAGUCUGAAGAGCAAAGUACAGAUAUCCACAUGAUCAGCGACAGUGACGGAGAUGACUUUGAAGAUGCUACUGAGUUUGGUGUGGAUGAUGGAGAGAUAUUUGGCAUGCCUUCAUCUUCUGCACUCAGAAAGUCUCCAAUGAUGCCGGAAAAUGCUGAAAAUGAAAGUGAUGCCUUGCUGCAGUUCACUGCUGAAUUUUCCUCCAGAUAUGGUGAAUGCCAUCCUGUAUUUUUUAUUGGGUCACUCGAAGCUUGUUUUCAAGAGGCGUUUUAUGGGAAAGCAAGAGAUAGGAAGCUCCUUGCAAUUUACCUGCACCACGAUGAGAGUGUCCUCACCAACGUGUUCUGCUCACAGAUGCUCUGUGCUGAAUCCAUUGUAUCGUACCUCAGCCAGAACUUCAUUACCUGGGCCUGGGACAUGACGAGAGAAGCCAACCGGGCAAGGUUCCUGACAUUUUGCACACGUCACUUUGGGAGUGUGGUUACACAGACUGUCCGUGCACAGAAAACUGAUCAGUUUCCACUUUUCCUCAUUAUAAUGGGCAAGCGAUCUUCUAAUGAAGUGCUGAAUGUUAUCCAAGGGAACACAACUGUGGAUGAACUAAUGAUGAGAUUGAUCUCGGCAAUGGAAAUAUUUUCAGCGCAACAGCAGGAAGAUAUAAAAGACGAGGAUGAACGAGAAGCCAGGGAAAAUGUGAAACGUGAGCAAGAUGAGGCAUAUCGUUUGUCCCUAGAAGCAGAUCGUGCCAAGAGAGAAGCCCAGGAGAAAGAAAUGGCGGAACAAUGUCGCCUAGAACAAAUACGGAAGGAACAGGAAGAGGAGAGAGAGGCUAUCAGGUUAUCACUGGAACAAUCUCUGCCCCCAGAACCACAGGAAGAGCACAGCGAGCCACAGAGCAAGCUGCGCAUUCGGACGCCAAGUGGAGAAUUCAUUGAGAGGCGCUUCCUGUGCUCUAGCCCUCUGCAGGUCGUCUUUGACUUUGUAGCUUCCAAGGGUUUUCCCUUUGAGGAGUUCAAGCUGAUCAGUACCUUCCCACGGAGAGAUAUUACCCAGUUGGACCCCAGCAGAUCUCUUAUGGAUUUAAAGCUGUACCCUCAGGAAACUCUAUUUCUGGAAGCUAAGGAAUAGUUGACCAGAUUGCAAACUGUGAGAGCUGUGGCUGAGGUCCUACUUUAUGGUUAAAGAAAGCUAUUCACUGUCACCUCACCUGCUCUUUGUGUGCACCUGCACCACCUGAUGUGAGAGAGACCAAGCCCACACAUGGGCCACACUAUCUGGAGUCUCAGCCUGAGCAGGAGGUCAUCCCCUUAUGAACAUUAUUACACAUUACCCAGCAUCCAGCUUCUGAUCUUCUGAUGAUAAAACGGGGUCAACCUGUGCAGUCCGUGUUCUCAGCAGCGGAGUUUAUCACAUGGUGCCCUGUAUAAUGAUUUGGGGCAUCUGCAUACAGUUAAAUCUGAACUAUCUGGCCUUUCAUUUCAGAUAGUCAGGUGUUGCUGUUAGUGUUUGCAGGGUUUUUUGGGUGUGUGCAGGGGGGUGGUCUGAGGUUCGGGAGUGUUCAUCUAGUUUUCAUCUCAGGGCAGUAACGGAUUUUCACCUGCCUUAUAUGAUUAUUUUAAUCCCAUAAACAUGCGUUGUGCAUACAACAAGGCUUCUGAAACUCUUUGUUUAAUUGAUCUUUCAAAUGCAACAAUGUGAACCCCAAAGUUGUGGCUAGUUUCAUUUUUAUUAUUAUUAUUAAUAGAUUGUGCUUUUUUUUUUAGGUUUAUUUGAAUGAUAGAUAGUUUGGAAGCCUGUGCAAGAUUUUGAAUGCAGUGAUAUCAGCAGAUAGGAAACCCUUAAAGGGACAUUGUAGCCUUUCGAAAUCUAUUUCAGUUUGCUUUUUGAAAAACUCAUGUUCUUGUUAUGAAUAAACCAAAGUUUUCUUGUCAGACUUGGAAAGGUGUGUCCCUCUCCACCAGUAAAGCGGAGGGAGUUGUCCUUAUUAGCCAGUAAGAAUUUGUAAGAAGUACAAAACCAUGCUUUAUUUGUAUCUACUUUAAGAAAAAAAAAGUGUAAAAGCUGCUCUGUCAAUUGAGAGUAUUUUGGGAUUUUUAGUGCAAUGUCCCUUUAAGUCAUCUUUAUGUACAAACAUGAAAAUAUCCAAAUCAUGUUCAUUGUCCAGAUCUAAUGUCCACUCCCAUUAAAGAAGCAGUUAAAUCACAUUUAUAUGCAUCAGCGUUUGUUAGAAAAUUAAAGCAACAAACAUUAAUUUCUGUGGCCGAAGUUAACUUAAAAAAUGCCGUUUUGUUAUACCCUGAUCGGGAAACGGCAGCUGCUUCAUAAAUAAAGUUUAAUGAGUCUAUGGCUGCAUUUUUCAAAGAUCUCUCUCGAUGAUUUGUAGGUUAAAAAGAAACCACUGCUCCAAAUACCCCCCGUCUGUCCGUAGGUGCCAGUGGCGAAUUGAAAUCAGCGAUAUCAUUACCGCCAAAUCAUCUUAUUAGGAAUCCCAAGGUAUAGUAUGUCAUUCAAAGGCAUUACUGUUCCUGGCAAGAUGAUCAAUAGUUCAGCAGCUAAUGCCCCUGGUAAAUGGGCAAAAUCCAUCAGCUCCUGUGACUAGCAGCUCCUGCACAUGUCUAGCAGCUCCUGCACAUGUCUAGCAGCUCCUGCACAUGUCUAGCAGCUCCUGAGCAUGUCUAGCAGCUCUUGCGCGUGUCUAGAAGCUCCUGCGCGUGUCUAGCAGCUCCUGCACAUAUCUAGCAGCUCCUGCACGUGUCUAGCAGCUCCUGCACGUGUCUAGCAGCUCCUGCACGUGUCUAGCAGCUCCUGCACGUGUCUAGCAGAUGCUGCACGUGUCUAGCAGCUCCUGCACAUUUCUAGCAGCUCCUGCACGUGUCUAGCAGCUCCUGAGCAUGUCUAGCAGCUCCUGAGCGUGUCUAGCAGCUCCUGUGCGUGUCUAGCAGCUCCUGCACAUGUCUAGCAGCUCCUGCGCAUGUCUAGCAGCUCCUGAGCAUGUCUAGCAGCUCCUGAGCAUGUCUAGCAGCUCCUGCGCGUGUCUAGCAGCUCCUGCGCGUGUCUAGCAGCUCCUGAGCAUGUCUAGCAGCUCCUGAGCAUGUCUAGCAGCUCCUGCGCGUGUCUAGCAGCUCCUGCACGUGUCUAGCAGCUCCUGCACGUGUCUAGCAGCUCCUGCGCAUGUCUAGCAGCUCCUACACAUGUCUAGCAGCCCCUCAAACAGCUGUGCAACAUGUCCUGCCCUUUGCCCAGCAGGAGGCAGGAAGAGGAAUUGACAUUUCAUCUAACAAGCUUAGGAAACACCAAUGCCAGAGAGCAGCACAUGCCUUUUGGUUAUAUGUGUGUUGCUGGCGUACAGCUUCAUAUUCUUCAUAUUUAAAGGCAUUUGUUUUGUUUGUGAGGUGCUGUGAUAUUUACCAGUUAUAACUGUGCACAGGUAGCACUGGGGCUCAAUGGCAAGAAUUACCCUGUAAAGUGUUUAGUGCAGGGUAACUUACUAAUUGCAGACUGACUGUUCUAUUCCAUACUAUUUAUGGAACAUUUGGUUAUAGUUUAAGAAAAGGAAAGUACUUUAAAUAUGUGAGAUUUUUUUUAACAUUCAUGUCCUUAUAAUGCAGCUUUACCCCCCAAAAUAUAUUAAGUUGUAUUCAGAGCCCUUAAUACCUCCCUGAUCUGAAGAGCAUCAUCAUGACCUGGUCAGGGACCUGCUUCGCCUUACAUCAGUAUGCAAUAUCAGCAAUUCUAGUCUUCUGAUGCUCCACAUCACUAUACAAUGGCACCUGUUUUUACAAGAAAAUUCUAAAAGCCAAUGAGGCCUUCAGUUUCUUGCCUUGCAUGUUGUUGUUGUGCGAUUUGAUGAAGGUUUCUCUGCGCAGGACCUCUUGUGAAGCACAUGAACCUUUAGAGAUGCCCACUUGCUACAUAACUUGUAAUUCUCUCGUUUCCCAAUCACACAUCCAGGAAAUUUGUCUCUGGGUUAUUUUGACUCGUUGCUGUAAUUACAAUUUGUUGUUCACUUGUAUCAUGCAUUAUAUUUGUGGGUAUACACAUACAUCAUACCGGCAGUCUGUCUAAAAUGGUGAUAUGUAUCAGUAGUGGUGUCUCAUUGCUCUGUCUACAAUCUCUGAAGGUUUUGCAGUAUUACAAAGAAUGUUCAUAUAAUAAAUUGGUAAGAUGUGACAGGUUAUUUGAAGAAUAUACUUUGGUAAAGAUAGCAGCUAUUUAUUUCUGCUUUUGGGUUGCAGUUUUGGUUAUUUUUUUUCCCUGGGGGCUCCGUUCAUUUGCAGUGUGUGCCUCUUAAUUUUAUGCAUGAUAUAACCAUGUAUCAAUAAAUAACAGACCAACAUAGCACACUUGAAACCUUCCCAAUGUGUGAAUCAUCCAGCUCUGGACCAACACACUUAUUGCAAAUUUAAUGGGUUACUUGUUGUUAAUAAUCAGAAAAUUUGUACUUUAAAAGGAAGAUGUGAAUAAAGGUUUCAUUACCUCA